UCCAACCCUCAGCAACCAACCUUCUUCUAAGCUCUCCAGCCGCGCCAUAAACGUAAUACCAAACUUCCCUUCGCAGCUCUGUAAUGGCGACGUUUUCGAGUUGCCAUUCCUAGCGUUUUCUGCUCAAGCGUUGCGCAAAGCUUUGAAAUCUUUCUUGCGUUCAGAUUCCGGCGGAUUUCUGCUGUUGGGAGUUGAGUUUUGCGGCGAGAUCUGAUUUUUUGGCUAUGGACGAAGAUAACGGCGCUCUCAUUCAGAGCUUGAUCGAUGUAGUGAACGAGAUUUCUUGGAUCUCGGAUUUUAGGCAUACUGUUAAGAAGCAGUAUUGCAAUUUGUCCCGGAGGCUCAAGCUUCUGAUCCCAAUGUUCGAAGAGAUUAGGGACAGCAAACAGCCAGUCCCCGAGCAAACUCUCAAAGCCCUCGUGUUGUUGAAACAAGCUCUCGAAUCAGCUAAGAAGUUGCUCAGAUUUGGAAGCGAGGGGAGCAAGAUUUUCCUCGUCGUAGAGAGGGAGCAGAUUAUGAACAAAUUUCACGAGGUAACAGAUCGGUUGGAACAAGCUUUGGAAGGAAUAGCCUGCGAUAAACUUGAUAUAUCUGAUGAAGUUAAGGAGCAGGUGGAGCUUGUUCUUGCUCAGUUCAGAAGAGCCAAAGUCAGGGCAGAUGUACCUGACUCCGAGAUGGUGGAUGAUAUCUUUGCCCUUUACAACACGAGUGAUGAUUCUUCCGUAGAUAAAGACCGCCUGAGGAGACUGGCUGAAAAGUUACAGUUAAUUGGAAUAUCCGAUCUUACACAAGAGUCAAUAGCUUUGAAUGAGAUGGUUUCUGCUAGUGGAGGAGAUCCAGAGCAGAGCAUUGAGAAGAUGGCAGGGCUGCUGAAUAAAAUAAAAGAUUUUGUGCAAAAAGAGAACCUCGAGACGGACACUCCUGCUCGGGAAAAUAGUGCUCCAGAAAGUUGCAGUGGACAAGUAUCGAAUGAGAAGAAUCAUAAGGCCCCAAUUCUACCAGAUGAUUUUCGCUGCCCCAUAUCCCUGGAGUUGAUGAGAGAUCCUGUCAUUGUUUCAACUGGACAGACCUAUGAACGCUCCUGCAUUGAGAAGUGGCUUGAAGCGGGGCACGGGACAUGUCCGAAGACACAACAAAACCUUUCAAGCACUACUCUUACCCCAAAUUAUGUGUUGCGUAGUCUUAUAGCCCAGUGGUGCGAGGCUAAUGGUAUUGAACCACCGAAACAACCCAGUAGUGCUCGACCAUGUAGAAGCUCAUCAUCUUGCUCACCCGCUGAACGCACAAAGAUUGAUAUUCUGCUUUGCAAACUUGCAUCUGGAAAUCCUGAAGACCAGCGAUCAGCAGCUGGUGAGAUCCGACUUCUUGCAAAGCGGAAUGCAGAUAAUCGCGUUGCCAUUGCUGAGGCUGGUGCAAUACCUUUCCUUGUCGGACUUCUCUCAACUCCAGACUCCCGCGUUCAAGAGCAUGCUGUGACAGCUCUUCUUAACCUUUCCAUAUGUGAGGACAACAAGGGAAGCAUCAUUUCCUCUGGGGCUGUUCCUGGUAUCGUUCUCGUGCUCAAGAAGGGGAGCAUGGAAGCACGGGAGAAUGCUGCAGCCACUCUCUUCAGCCUUUCGGUUGUGGACGAAAAUAAAGUUAGAAUUGGCGGCUCAGGAGCUAUCCCGCCACUGGUUACGCUGCUUAGCGAAGGCACCCAAAGGGGUAAGAAAGAUGCUGCAACUGCUCUUUUCAACCUGUGCAUCUACCAAGGAAAUAAGGGAAAGGCAGUGAGAGCUGGUGUAGUUCCAACCUUGAUGCAGCUUCUGACCGAACCUGGGACCGGAAUGGUGGAUGAAGCCUUAGCCAUCUUAGCGAUACUGGCUAGCCAUCCCGAAGGGAAGGCUGCCAUCGGAUCAGCAAAGGCAGUGCCGGUUUUGGUAGAGGUUAUUGGGACAGGAUCCCCCAGAAACAGAGAGAAUGCAGCAGCAGUUCUGGUGCACCUCUGCUCUGGAGACCAACAACACCUUGUGGAAGCCAAAGAACUCGGAGUGAUCGGUCCAUUGUUAGAUUUGGCACAAAAUGGCACAGAUAGAGGUAAGCGAAAAGCUGCACAGUUGCUCGAGCGAGUGAACCGGUUCCUCGAGCAGAAAGAGCAGGCAGCUCAACCUCAAAACCAGCCAUCAGAAUCAACCUCUGCAACCGAAGUCGUCAGUGGCUGAGGAGAGGAUUCUGAUCGUUGCGUUCCGGGCUUUGUUUCUUUCUUUCGUUCGUUUUACAUGUAAUGAAAGAGGCAGCUUUGCUUCACAAGGGGAGGUGGAAGAUCACCUGCCUAAUCUGUAAGUUAUUAUCAUAAGUUAUAAUUUUUUGUUUGUAUGAUUCUGAGGAGUUUCUAAAGGGAAACGAUGGCUACCAAUGUAUGAAUGUUUAUACAUCCUCAAUUUUUUAUGAGGAAAAUUCCACAUUUUUAAGUAUAAAUUUCUUCA